CCUGCUGGAAAGGGAUUGGAGAAACCAGUCAGACCAGUAAGGACCUUCCAUAGAGGAGACUAACAGAGGGUCAUGAUGGCUGGGUGUGUCGGUGUGACAGAUGCCCCCAGAAAGCUACUAACAGGAUGACGUCUGCGCCGCGAGGCCACAGGCUCCCUCCUUCAGAUUCAUCUGCAGCUCGUCCUCCAUCCAUGUCCGCGAGAGGUGGACAUGCUCCCCUGAACUGCAUCUGACCGAGACGAUCGGACUUAUUCGCCACCGCCAUGGUCCGGGGACCGGCCUGCGCCAUGUUUCAGGCUUUUAGACUUUUUCUGCUGCUGGUCGCCGUUUCACAGGCAGCUGGAAUCAAAGAUGGCAGCGUCAGACUCGGCUCGGAGCUGAACGCAGAGUCUGCGGCCCCGCCGCGUCUGGCUGAUCUGCUGAAAACGUCUUCAGGCUGGGAGCUCAGCAGACGUCGAUCCAAGAGGUCGGUGUUUUUACAGCCCGGGGUGAGAAUCUGCUCCCAAGAGAGCUUUGAGGACGUCCUCGCCAGCCACCAGGCCUACUACCAACUCAGAGUUUGCCAGGAGGCGGUGUGGGAGGCCUUCCGGAUCUUUCUGGACAGAAUCCCUGGGACCUCAGAGUACCAGACAUGGGUCCACGCCUGUCAGCAGGAGUCCCUCUGCAUCUCGGACAUCGCCAAGAACUUCAGCAGCUCUGAGGAGCACAUCAGCAUGAUCAACAGGAGAAUGAGCCGCCUGAGAGACAGAAGGCCUCCGUCCCGGAUUGUGACUCCUGCACCGACUCACACCAUCCCUGAGCUCACAGGUCCUGAAGCUCAGCCCAGCACAUCGUCUCCACAGAUCAUCACCGUCACCCCUGGUGUCCCGCUCAGUCCCGUCUCCUCCUCACUCAGUCCUGCUGUGGACCACAGUCAGCCUGCUGAACCCGACCAGGAGGAAACGGAGCUGCCCAACGCCGUCCCUGAGAGUCUGAUGGUCCAGACCCUGGAGUUCAGCAUCGACCUGGUGGAUCCAGGCUACAGGGAGCUGCUGGGCUUCCCGGACUCACCGCAGUACGUCGACCUGGCCAAGCACCUGCAGGAUCAGAUGCAGCACGUUUUUGACCAACUUCCAGGAUUCAAAGCCAUCAGCGUUGUGGGAAUCCGGGCUGAAGGGAUCUCCGUCCACUACGCCAUCGUCUUUGAGAACAACGUCCAUCAAGCGACCUCAGAGAAGUCGGACACAGCAACUAGAGAACCGGGGAGCUCAGCGGACGCUGGUCUCAGAGGAAUGGUGACCAAGGCUUUGCAGGAGAAAGCGUCUCUGCCGGUCGACCUGGACUCACUGAACUUCCAACCAGGAGAAGUAAUCAUCUUGCCAAAAUCAACGUUAGCACCUACAGCUGAAGUACUGCAUGAGUCCAGUGAACCAGAGUCGCAUAACGAUUUUAACGUCUCCAUCCCUGAGCCAGAGAUCGAUAAACAUCAGCCUGUGGCUCCUCUCACCCCCAAGGAGAAGGAAAACGACCUUGUGACCCUGCUGGAUUCCACCGCUGUCUCACCUGGCGAGACGGUCACAGUGACUGAUGGGAUGAUGGUGAUCAGUGAUCGUUCCCCGGCUUCACAGGACGUUAUUGAUGAAUCAGAAGCAAUUUACGUGAUUGAACCAGAGCCAUCAAGCCACGAACAAGAGGAGGAGGAAUUGCUCAUCAUUACCCAUGAGAUUGAAACCAUUCAUCAGGAUGAAACCGGGGAACUUGUGCGUGUCUUCAUCCCAACCCCGCCUCUGCUUAAUCAGGGGGAGACGGAGGCUGCAUUCAUCACGCCGUCUCCUAACCUGAUAUCAGAGGAAGACCUGACUCCUGUUAAUAAGGAGGGAGAAACUCCUCAUUUGAAAGUUGUUCAUUUUACCCCAACAGCUCAGAUAUUAUUCAGUGGUGCUGUUAGUGAUAAGGAGCUGUCUGAAAUUACAACUCCAAGCAUCAAGCCUGCCGCCAUCACAGACCUGCCACCGACAGCGCCGGGACCAAUCCUUCAAGAGGAUGAAGACAUUAAUACUCUUCCAGAUGAGGAGCUGGUAGAUUCGGCUAUUUCCAAACCCAAACAAGGUCACAUUCUGGACAAAGGAUCCCAGGAUAUUGAGGGUUUGCAAACUGAAGUUGUCCCGCUAGAGCCAGGCAAAGCUGUGGACGUUCGACCUGAUGAUGGGCUUGAGGCCAUUAGGCCAAGUCUCGAGCCAGUCGAAGCCUCCGAACCAGGUGAAGUAGUGUUAGAAAUGUCGGAGCCAAAUGGCGAAGCAACAGUUGAAAUCUCAGUGCCAGACUUAGAAGUGGAGAGCCUUCAAGAGUCAACUGAAGAGGCAGGUCGAGUUUCCGAUCUGGAUACAGCGGUCGACACUUCAGGAACAGAAGCUGGUGAGGUGCAAGAGCAAGACCUAGAAGCAGACAAAGCAGGAGUAGAUGAUUCUACGCAAGAAAAAGAACCGACUAAAGCUACAGAGCCAGAGUCAAGAAGUAAGGAUGAGGCAAAGGUUAUAUUUAAUGUGGAAACAGUUGAAACAGUACAAAUAGAAGAAUCCCUAUCAGAGACAAACAAGGAGGAGACCACACCAGAGGUUUCCGUAAAUCAAGUCAAAGAGCAAGGUGACAUUUUCCACCCAGACGAGGCAAUAGUUGAAACUACAGAACAAAAGGAAGACAAGAGAGAGGAAAUGAUUCAGGUGUCUCUUUUAGUUCCUCAACCUGAGGAACAUUUGAUGGACGUCUCAGAAAAAGAGGAAGAGGUGGAGCUCGUUGGCUCCACAGAUGAAAAAGUUGUAGAAGGGCCUUUUCAUGACAUCUCAAAAGAAAUGGCAGCCGAUGUUUCAGACGUGACGACAAAAACGCCACCUGAGAAUCAAAUAUUACCUGAUGUCCCUGAAGAUAGGUUUCCCGAUUUAACAGAAGAAAGGGUAACCACAGUUAUGGUCGACAGAGAGCCUGGAGAUACCAAGGAAAGAGUUCAUGGUAUCACUGAGGAAAUGGUUCCCAUAGUCACAGAGGAGCCAGGUUCUGAGGUUAUAGAGGACAGAGUUGCAGAGGUUACAAUGGAACCAGGUUUUGAAGUCACUCAGGAAGGAACGAUUCCCAAAAACGUGGUAGAAAACGUUCCUGAACUUAUAGAAGAGCUGGCUACUGAAGCCACAGUAGACAGGGUUCCCGAAGUCAGACAAGAAAUCACUCACAUCACAGAAGGGGUUUCUGAAGUCAUAGAAGAUGGAGUUCCUGAAAUCCCAGAGGAACAAAAAGAACUUGAAGGUUUUGAAGUCGGCGAGGAAGAAUUGGUUCCAAAGGAUCUGAAAGAAAUUGUUCUUGACCGGACAGAGGAAGCAGGUCCGAAAGCCACAGAGGAAAGAGUCCCUGAAGCCAUAGAAGAUAAGGUUCCCAAAGUCACAGAAGAUAUGGUUCCCAAAGUCACAGAAGAUAGUGUUCCUCAUGUCAUCGAGGAUGAGUUUUCCAAAGCCUCUAAGGAGACAGUGUCCAAAGUUACAGAUGAAGGCAUCAACCUGCAUGGAGUUAAGGAUGAGGUUUUUGAACAGGAGAAACCGGUUCCUGAGGUGGAACAAGUUCCUGGGGUUCAACAAGUUCCUGAGGUGGAACCAGUUUCUGGGGUGGAACCAGUUCCUGAAGUGAAACCAGAUCCUGAGGUGGAACCAGUUUCUGGAGUACAACAAGUUCCUGAAGUGGAACCAGUUCCUGGAGUGCAACAAGUUCCUGAAGUGGAACCAGUUCCUGGAGUGCAACAAGUUCCUGAGGUGGAACAAGUUCCUGGGGUUGAACCAGUUUCUGCGGUGGAACCAGUUCCUCAGGAGGAACCUGUUCCUGAAGUGGAACCAGUUCCUGAGGUGGAACCAGUUCCUGGAGUGCAACAAGUUCCUGAGGAGGAACCUGUUCCUGAAGUGGAACCAGUUCCUGGGGUUGAACCAACUCCUGAACUUGAACCAGUUCCUGAGGUGGAACCUGUUCCUGAGGUGGAACCAGUUCCUGAAGUGGUACCAGUUCCUGAGGUGAAACCAGUUCCUGAGGUGGAACCUGUUCCUGAAGUGGAACCUGUUCCUGAAGUGGAACCUGUUCCUGAAGUGGAACCAGUUCCCGAAGUGGAACCAGUUCCCGAGGUGUCCGCAUCUGAUGAAUUGGUAGAUAGUGAUGCGAAGCCUCCUACAGAGCAGAAGCUACCUGAAGGUAAAAAAGCAGAAGAAGCUGAUGUCAUUAAACCAGAGGCUGAAAAGGUUGGAGUUCCCAUACAUGAGGAGAGGCCAAUGGACGUUACAGAACUAGAACCCCCUCCACAAACCGAAGAGAAGAUUAAAGAUGAAUCUAAACCUCCAGAACAACAGAUGGUAUCAGAAAAAGAUAAAUCUGACCUUCUCACAACAGAGAGAGAACAGCCUAAAGGUUCAGAGUUGGAACCAGAAGAAGGUGCAAUCAUUUCAGAAAUACUUCCUGGGGAGGGGGUUGUUGAAACAGCAGAGUCAGAACUUAGGAGGGAAAUCACAGAACCCCCUGCAGAGUCCAUAAAAAUCCUUCACACCUUAGACAGGCUGGACGACGUCUUCCAUAAGGAGGAAGGUCUUCAGGUAGUGGAAGAAGAUAAACAUAGUCCUCCCAUUGAUCUUGAUCAUCACAGUCCAUCCCUAGAAGGUAAUUUACCCAUCGUACCAGGACUCGUCCAGACCCCGGGGGAGGACCUGAGCACACCUGAGCUCAUCCAUCCAAUCACAGAAGCCUUUUACUUUGAGGAGAAAGACGCAGUUGCUUCCAGACGUCCAGAGCCUAUAGAGAGUGACCUAAACACUGAAGCACCAUCUGUCUCAGAUUUCGUAACUGUGACGGCGGCGGAGGAGCAGGUCCCACCGAAGGACAGUAGAGUCACAGACGACUCUUCAAAGGAAAGUCAGGAACAGGAAACGUUUAUGACUGCUCGACCAUUUUCAGAUGCUUUCCCUACACCGCCAUCUGCCGUCGAUUUGGUUGAGGUCACCUCAGCUGGUCCGACUGUCGACUCUGGACUCACUGAUUUAGCAGAGGACAGAUCAGAACCCGGGCUGAGCGAACCUUCUGUUGACGCCAUCUUGAAAGAGGCAGAGAGGGGAGACACUGGAGGCCCACUCACCUCUCCAGAUGUUAAGGAGGUUUCUGAGGAACUGGACCAAAUCAACGUCCAACGUAAUAAGCCAGGCGGUGAUAUCUUGUCUGCUGGUAUUACUGUUUUGCCUCCUGUGAGAUACGUGACCACACCCACCAUGACCACAGCCAGCCACGGACAGGAGCUCAUAGUGUUCUUCAGCCUUCGUCUUACCAACAUGGACUUCUCAGAAGACCUCUUCAACAAGACCUCUCCAGAGUACAGAUCUUUGGAGCAUACCCUUUUAGACGUGCUCCUGCCGUACCUGCAGGCCAACCUGACCGGCUUCAGGAACCUGGAGAUCCUCAACUUCAGGAAGGGCAGCGUCGUGGUCAACAGCAAGAUGAAGUUCGCCAGGACCGUCCCUUACAACAUCACCGAGGCCGUCCGCUGCAUCCUGGAGGAGUUCUGCUCCUCAGCUGCCAGGAAGCUGGACAUGCAGAUCGACCGCCGCUCGCUGGACGUGGAACCAGCUGAUCAGGCGGAUCCCUGCAGGUUCUUGGCCUGUGGAGACUUUUCCAGCUGUGUGGUGAACAGCUGGACUAAGGAGGCCCGGUGUUUGUGUGAGCCGGGCUUCCUGUCCGAGGACAACCAGCCCUGUCGGAGCGUUUGUGUCCUGCAGCCAGAUUAUUGUCCGGACGGAGAAUGUCACAUCGUUCCGGGACGAGGAGCCGAGUGCAGACGAAAAGGCGGAUCUCUGCGGCGAGACCCGAGCAGUUAGGAAGACAUUGGAUCGGACGGCGCCAGGGAACGUGAUUAAAGACUCAGAGACACGACUCAGCAGCAGAACCUCACUGGUGACUCUUCACCGCUUCACAUGAGAGGAAGAUCUCCGCUGGCAGAGAGGAGCUCAGCUGAUGACCCUCCAGCUGAUCAGGACCGACCCGACGGGUCGAUGCGAUCCCAGGAAACCAUCUGACCAGAACUCUCCCAUUAGUUUGAUUUCUAUGUAGCUAUAGGAGGAGCUGAGACUCAUCUGCUCUGCAUCAAGCCUUCCAGAUCGCGGAUUUUAAGGGUUCCUCUCUGCGCCGUCGCUUCGGUUCAGAUUCCUGGAGGUGAAGCUCAGCUCUGGACUUGGACUAGACCGCUGCAUCACCUUCAUUCUCCUCCUGUUCAUCCAUUCUAACCUUUGCUGGUUCCUCUGGCCCAGUGUCUCCUUUGGUCUCAGGGUUCUAAUGGCCAACAGGUUCUUCUUUUCAACAAAAAACACAAAGAGGAAAGACAUCAGAAAAAAGCCCAGAAGGACAAACGUUUUCCUCCUGCUUUGAUCAUUUGAUCAUGAGCUUUGAUCUGGUAGCCGAGGCCUGAAAACUGAAGCAAACGGAUUCAGAGGAGGAUCUGAUCUGAUCUGAUCCAGCUCCAUCCCUUCGGUACCGCUGAUAAAAUGCAGCGGAUCAGAGGAACCCGGUUCUGGUCCUUGUUCAGCCCUGGUUGCUGGGAUGGCUGAGGAAUGACCAGUCCUCAGAGAACCGCCUUCCUCUGGUCUGUCUGAAGGAUUGUCGCUACCCGAUCCGUCCUGGAAGCACGAUCCGUCCUGGAAGCACGAUCCGUCCUGGAAGCACGAUCCGUCCUGGAAGCCCGAUCCGU